ACCCUCUCAUCUCUGCCACGUGUCGAAUACAUCUGGCUUUCCACUUCCUUUCCAGCAAAAGGCAGAAGCCUCUCUGUCUCUUGUUCUUAGCUGCUUUUGCAGGCCUCCGAAUUUCAGAUCGUCAAAACCUCCGGGUAUCUGCAUAUGCAGAUUUCGUCCAGCGGUCUGUAAGGUUAUUGAAAUUGGGAGGAACUCAAAUUCUGCGCCUGCGGUUUUAGUGGAUUUCGGAAUUCGAAAGGAUGGCGUGCAGAGGGUGCUUGGAAUGCCUCUUGAAGCUUCUGAAUUUCCUGCUUGCAGUCAGCGGAUUGGCAAUGGUGGGUUACGGGAUCUAUUUGUUGGUCGAAUGGAAGAAGUAUUCUGAUGUCGAUCCAGUCUCGCCCGUGGGUGCAGAGGAUCUUGAAUUUAUAACUCUCGGUCGGCCGAUGCUGCUGGUCGCAUCUCUAUCGACGAGUAUUCUCGACAAGCUUCCGAGAGCUUGGUUCAUUUACUUAUUUAUCGGCGUUGGAGUUAUUCUCUUUGUCAUAUCUUGUUUUGGUUGUAUUGGAGCAGUAACUAGGAAUGGAUGCUGCCUGACCUGUUAUUCUGUACUGGUGAUCUUGUUGAUCUUAGCAGAGCUAGGAUGUGCAGCUUUCAUAUUCUUUGACCACAGCUGGAAAGAGACAAUUCCAAUUGACAAAACUGGAGAUUUUGACAUGAUCUACAGUUUCUUGGAGAAGAACUGGAAAAUAGCCAAAUGGGUCGCUCUAGGAGCUGUUGUUUUGGAGGCGUUAACAUUCUUGUUAGCUCUUAUUGUAAGGGCAGCCAACAGGCCAGCAGACUAUGACAGUGAUGAUGAGUACAGUGCCCCUAGGCCCAACAUCCGUCAGCCAUUGAUAAACAGGCAAGGUGCUCCAACAACUGGGGUGCCGGUAGCUGGGGGCCUAGAUCAGCGUCCAAGCAGGAACGACGCGUGGAGUACACGGAUGAGGGAAAAGUACGGGCUCGAUACCUCCGAAUUCACAUACAACCCCACGGAGUCAAACAGGUAUCAACAGGGAGCCGCACCACCGGCAGAAGAAAAGAGGCGAUGCAUCAUAAUGUGAAAUAGUGGCACUGAAAUUCUUGAGAGUGGAUUUUACUGACGUUGGUGUGCAUUCUGAUCUUCUCCUGAAUUCUUAUCUUUUCCCACUCUUUGGGUUGUGUAGAAUUAGACAAUUUUAAGAAGCUUCCACCUUUAAUUUCA